CAGCAACAUAGCAUGGCGAAACGUAAAAGAAAUGAAUACGACGAGGCUCUAUCCGAAGACGAAGAUGACAAUGCCGAUAAAACUCUUCGCCUUUCAAAACGUAUCGCACGCGGUAUACAAGAGCUCACCGCAGCGCUUGAGCAAGCACGCAGAUUCGAGCGCCAGAAGCUUGGAAGACGCGAACAUGACCGAGUAAGGCAUAAGCGGCAGAAAAAUUGCGACAACAGGGUGACGCAGGUUGAGAUCGCGUCUCUCAAAGCGCUCGACAUGAACGAGAUCGCGAGAAAGAGAUUGUACAAGGACCUUGUUAAGACGCCGAGUAUCGCAAAGACUGGCCUUCUGCCAGAAGAUGUGAAGCUGCCCGCUGGUGGCAAUAGGGUUGAUAAGGCAACCGCUGACGUGAUGGCACGGCUGUUCAAGCAGAAGGGCGUUGUUCUCGUACUGGAUACUAUCAUGACGAGCAUCCGGCAGAUUUUAGGUCUCCAAAAGAGCAGCGGACCAGCGGAGAAAGCUAGACGUGAAGAUUCAACAUUGCUAGAGGCCACAAAUACACUCAAUGAAAAUAUAUCGGUUUCUUCUGAAGAGGCUAGUGAUGACGACGACAAUAUAGAAGAGGAUGAGGAUGCAGAAGACGAAGAAGGAAUGGCUAACCAUGGCGCUCUCGCUUCACCCUCAGAUUCCGGAUCUGAGUCUGAAUUUAAUGUCAAUCCAGUAGGGCGUAAACCUACCACGUCCACCUUUCUACCCUCCCUAUCCAUGACAACUGGUUACAUAUCUGCGUCAGACUCCGACUCGGAAGCCACAGAUAUCGAGGAACACAUCGCACCACGCAAGAAUCGGCGCGGGCAACGUGCUCGACAAGCUAUAUGGGAGAAAAAGUAUAAGGACAAAGCAAGACAUCUCAACAAGCCUAAGAAGAAGAGAGACAAAAGGGACGAAGGGUGGGAUUUGCAGCGUGGUGCUGUGAGUGCGGACGAUGCCAAAAGAAAGAAUCGGAAAUUCGGCCACGGGAAAAGGGCCGGAAAUGCUGUCGGAGAUGCCACGCCAGUGAAAGAGAGAAAGGAGAAUAAAGAGAGACAUAGAGAUGAUGUUGGGGCGCUGCAUCCUAGCUGGCAGGCCAAGAAGCUGAUGAAAGAGCGGAGUAUGGGCAUCGGCGAGUUCAAGGGGAAAAAGGUGGUUUUUGACUGAAAAACAAAUUCAAUCGUCUUAUAGACUUUUGUUUCUAACGUGCGCUUGAUUUGCGGCGGCACGAAAUUAUACCCCAGGAUUGCCGAACAGAGCUCUUGAGUCUCUUCAUUCUUUUACUAUCACCUCACACAAGGAGAUAUUUUUGCGGUCGCUGGUGCUUGUUUUCCAGAUAUCAGAUCCAUAAGGCGUUUACUUAGCAUGUCACCCGCUCCGAGGACUACGUCUAUUCAUUUGCCUCCUCCAGCUUGAUCAAUACAGACUUUGUCUCAAGAUAAUUGUCAAUGCUGUAUCCAAAGC